CUGGGUGGCGGGUUUGUCUGUGAACAUUCAAAUUGCUUGCGACAAGUGCCAAUGUUCAAAUUCAAUUUUGACUUAUCCGAAGAUGACCUGGAGGAUCAGCCUCAUAUACCAGGAAGCUCCGAUGCAUCUUUGAGCCCAAACCACUCGAAGCGGUCAGACAAUUCAAGUCGACUGAAAUGCUUCGAAGAAUUAUCCUUGGACCAUCUUUUGGAGACAUUACCGUCAGAUCUUUCUUACUCCCCGUUGUCCAUUCCCUUAUCGGAUGGACGGCAUGUCGCUGUAGCAAGGCGCGACCUGUUCGAUGCCCGCUUUCAAUUGAUAGCCCAGGAUGCAUCGGAGAAAACGGAUGCAGAAGGGAACGACAUACCAGAUGGUCUGAAUUUUCUUGAGGCACCGUCUGAUUUGGUUCCGGGGAUCUAUGAAGGUGGAUUGAAGACUUGGGAAUGCAGUCUCGAUCUUGUCACCUGCUUGCAUGAUAUCUUGCCAGAAGAUACAGACCUCAUAGGUCAACGGAUACUCGAGCUCGGAUGUGGUACUGCUGUCCCGUCAAUGUAUCUUCUGCAAAGGAUAUUCUCUUUGCCUCCACAGCCUUCGGAAAGGACGGCUAUACACCUGCAAGAUUAUAAUGAUCUGGUAUUCAAGUUGGUCACUCUUCCGAACCUCAUAUUAACGUGGUAUAUGUCCCCAGCUUCAACCUCCUUCCAAGAAUCAUACAUGCCGACAAAAAACGAUGAAUCUGAUGAGGACCAACUCCCUCUUUCGGACCCUUCUCAACCGGGAGAACUCGAAGUCUCCAAAGAGUUCGUAUCCGCCUUCCGAAAAUCCCUCACGGACUAUGGGAUCGAGCUACGAUUCUUUGCAGGCUCUUGGCAGACGUUUGACCUGAGCAAAACUGGGGGAAAGUAUGACGUCGUAUUAACAUCCGAAACAAUCUAUCGCACGGAUAGUUUGCCGUCGUUGAUCGAGCUAAUGCGAAAUGCGUGCAUUGGAUUGCCCAGCUCUGACAAGGACGAGGACGAGUCGCUUGCCAGGUUGUCCGAGGCAAGGUUAUCUAUCUCGCCUUCUGGUGGACAUACCUCCUAUCUGUGCCUCGUGGCCGCAAAAUUGGUGUACUUUGGCGUUGGGGGAGGCGUGACGGGGUUCAUACGAGCAGUCGAGGGAGAUGAAGUAAAUAAGGGUUCAGUAGAAACCAUUUGGGAACGGAAGGAAGGCGUGAAAAGAUGUGUCAUGAAAGUUUCAUGGAAUUAGCGUCCACAGUACGUAGUUUUACUAUUGAUACAUGAUCCGUUCUCAGUGAAUUCAUUGCUACAGAUUGUAAUUCGAAUGCGAAUACUCCUGAAUGAUGGCAUCUGCGCCUCAUAUCAAGUGCUUCUUCAGCUCUUCUGUCUCAUAGAUCGGCAAUCCACAGGUGAAGGUCUCGCAGAUUCUAAUAUUAGGCUCUGAGUUCGCCAACGAGUCCUCCGUGAUCAAGCCUUGCAAUGUACCGUUCAACCUGGCCAGCUCUUGGGGAGGAUGAUCUGGGUCUAGGUGAAUUAGAACGCGAUUGGGAAUGAAUGGCUUUCGGAUUGACUCGAAGAAGGCGACAGUUUUGACCGAAGAUGGGGAACCAGUGACAAUGAACUGACGAAAUGUUAAUGUUCUAGUUCGUACAUGGAACAAGCUUAGGAGAAAUCCACCUGUUUGUAACCCUUCUGCCACAUCAUUGCUGCACUGACCAUCGUAGCAACUGCGAACGGCGCAGAAUUCAAAAGCUGAGAGUUCGACUUGAUGACGCUCCGAG